AUGCCAAAACCAUAUCUUAUACAUUAUUAUUUCAUUGCAACACACUUAUUUCUAGCAUUGGUUUUUUGUUCCGAUGCCUCAUUUUGUAACCAAAGCCUUUUCCCCAAGUUAUGCAAUUCGAUCUUUGGUCCUAAAUUCCCGCCUCAUGAACCACACACCUUUGAUGCUCAAGCCAAGACUGCUUGGAUGGAUUGCUUAGAGAUUUAUGAGGACGCUAUACACCAUAUAAACCACUCAAACACUUACAUGAGCCCAAGCGAUGUAGAAAAAUGGCCAAGUGUUGCUCUAGUUAACCACCAAGCAUGCCAAAAUGGCUUCAAAGAUUUGAAAAACCUCUUACAAAAUUUAUCCAAAUCACUUGUAGAUUUACUAGCCGAUAACAAACCCUCAACUGCUUACUUCUCAAAAGCAACCGGGGCAAACUUGGUGGUGGCUCAAGAUGGUUCUGGUGAUUUUAAAACGAUAACUAGAGCUCUCAAAGCAUCACAACAUCGAAGAACCGGAACAGAUAGAUUUGUUAUACAUGUCAAAUCCGGUGUUUACAAAGAACACAUCUUUAUCAAGCAAUCCAUGACCAAUUUGACGCUUAUUGGCGAUGGCAUUGAUGCAUCUGUCAUAACCAACAAUAGAAAUUGUAAAGACGGACACACAACUGCCGACACUGCAACCGUGCAAAUUUGGGGCUCGGGUUUCGUGGCAAUCGGGAUUACAUUUGAGAACACCGCGGGUCCUAGGAAACAACAAGCUAUAGCACUUCUCUCAGCUUCAGAUCUAUCAGCUUUCUACAAAUGUAGCUUUAAAGGCUAUCAAGACACCCUAUGCCUCCUUAAAUACCGUCAAUUUUAUCGCGAGUGUGACAUCUACGGGACCAUCGAUUUCAUUUUUGGUGACGCUGCUGCCGUCCUCCAAAAUUGCAAUAUUUAUGUCCGGAAUCCAUUGCCUGGACAACAAAACACAAUUACGGCCCAAGGAAGAACUGAUGCACAGUAUAUGAACACAGGGAACGGUGCAAACACCGGUGGUAGGGUAAGGUGGCCGGGGUACCAUGUUUUGUCGACCGCCGGUGAGGUGGAGCAAUUUUCCGUUCAGAGGUUCUUUGACGGAGAGUUAUGGAUUCCCUCAACCGGGGUGCCAUUUGAUUCUAGUCUUUAA